UUUUUCUAUGCUAGCCUAUCUGGUGUGCAUCUCAGACUGUGCUGUCAUGUUUCUGUCAAAGAUUGCUUAGUUCCUAUUCAUGUUUUCUCCUGCAGUCUUGGUUCUGUCCCUGCCUGUCCCCAGAACCUGCCCCAGUUAAGGUUACCCAUGAGCUAAUGUACAAAGCCAGCGAUUUGCCAGUCCUUGCCUUGGACUGCUCUGCUGGCUUUCCAUCUUCAAGGUCUGCUCUGUUGGUUCUAUGACAAACCUCUUCUACUCUCUUCCUGACUGAUCUGCCCUGUUCAUGUGCUGUUUUUUCCAUCCCUGGCUCACGACCUUUAUACCUGUCUGACUUAACCUCCUGUGCUCUGAACUGCCCACUCUGUCCAUUCUUCCACAUGGACCAGAUGCCUCUGCCCAGCCACCUACCAGCGUUUCCAUGGAGGUUGUCCAAAGGACACCUCAGGUUAAUAGUAAUUAUUUGUAGCCCCCACCUAUGCCUUCUGUUCUCGUCCCUGUCGGCUCUUUGUUCUACUGAGCAGCAUGUCACUGAAUCCAGAAAAAUGGGAUUCUUUCUAAUCUCUUUCUUCGUUCUCUGUUACCACAUUUGCUUGUUCAUAUUCUUGUUAUAUUCUUUUUUUGUUUGUUUUAGAGAAAGAGAGAGAGCGAGCGAGGGAGCUCUAGCAGGGGAGAGGGGUAAAGAGAGAGAGAGAGAAAGAGAGAGAGAGAAGGUCUAGCAGGCUCCACGUUGAGCCCCGACAUAGGGCUUAAUCCUAUGACCCUGGGGUCAUGACCUGAGCUGAAAUCAAGAGUCGGACGCUCAACCAAGUGAGCCACCAGGCGUCCCACAGUAGGUCAUUUUUAGAGCAGUUUAGGUUCAUCUGAAAAUUAAGCAGACAGUACAGAGAUCCCAUCACUCCUCCAUGUCUCAGAUUCCCUUGUUAUUAACAUCUUACAUUAGUGUGGUACACUGUUUCAGUGGAUGGGCCAGUGUUGAUACAUUAUUAUCUGAAGUCCAGAGUUGAUGUUAGUUUGCUCCUUGUAUGGUUCAGGUUUUGACGUCUGUAAGAUGGCGUAUGUCCACUGUGACAAUAUCAUACAGAACAGGUUUACUGCCCUGAAAGUUCCCUGGGCACCACAUGUUCAUUCUUUCCUCCCCCAGUCUCUGGCAAUUACGAGCCUCUACGCUGUAUGUAUGGUUUUGCCCUUCUCAGGAUUUCACAUACAGGUGACCUUUGCCGAACACGGGUCUGAACUGUUUGGGUUUGCUUAUCCAUGGAUAUUUUUCAAUAGGUACAGCAUGGGACCAUACAGGUAUCUUCCUCAUGAUUUUCUUGAUAUUUUCUGUAUUUUUUUGUUGUAAAAAUGCAGUCUGCAUUCACAUAAUGUAAAAAACACGUGUUAAUCGACUCUUGAGGUUAUCAGUAAGGCUUCUGGUCAGCAGCAUGCCAUUAGUAGUUAGUUUGGCAGAAGUCCAAAGUUAUAUGUGGACUUUCAACUUUGGGGGUGGGGGUGGUCAGUGUCCCUCACCCCCGCAUCAGUCAGUGGCCAGCUACUGUUGGGAGUCAUACAGCCUGUAGCUUUUUCAGACUGGUCUGUUUCUGGUUUUAUGUGAAAUGCCUGUUCACAUCCACUGCUAGUCUCUCUGUCCCUAUACUAUCUUGUUUGUUGUGCUUUUCUUCUUGACUUACAAAGGAGUCUUAAUUGUUUCACAUUUUGUCUGUUUGGAUCAUGUUAGUAAACAUUUUCUUCCGAGCUUAUUUGUCUUUUUACUUUAUUUUCCGGCCUUACUAUAUAGUCCUCUAAUGUUUUCAUUUUGACGAGUUGAAUACUGUACAUUUUUUAAAUUUCUCAAAAUUUGUGUGGGUAGGACUCCUAGUUCCAGAGCGCCCUCAGCAGUCAGCACUGGAGCUGCCACUUCGUUAGUAGACGGUCCACGGUGGUGAGUGGGGAGGACUUCAUGGUGUUUCCCUCUUAUUUCUGUGCGUUCUUGGUUUUCCUCUCCUGGCUCUGGAUGACGGCCGCAGUUGCUGUCCUUGGACAGGCCGCGGACUGGUGUACUGACUUCCUGACUCUGCAGGCCUCACAUGUCUGAGAAUGUCUUUCUUUUUCCUGGAUGUUCAAGAGGAGUCUGGCUCAGUGGGGACCCUUGGACUGCAGUCUUCCCGCCCCAGUAGGCUCUCGCUGUUCUCUGUUGUUUGGGCCCCAGCAAGGCAUGUGAGCUCUGUGACAUGCAGAGGUGGCUGUGACACACAAGGGCCCCUUGUAAAGUCAUUUUGCACUUGGGUCUUUGUCUGCAAUCCUCUGAGGGGGUCUCUUUCUCUGUCAGUCUUUACUGAUGGAAUGCCAGUGCUGUGCCCUUCUAGCCACUGCUGAAAGGAGUCUCAGAAAGGUAAAGAAAACCUGUUCUCCCUCCCCCACACCAGGGGAGAGAGCAGCACUGUCUGCAUCAGAAACCUUCUGACAACAUGGCAGCUUGAGAUGUUCAUAGGGUGUUCUUACCCUCAUGUCUGACGGUCUGGCUUGUGUGAAACUCUGUAGCCAGCCCUGCAUUCUUGAUUACAAAGCCAUCUCUGGAAUAUGAGCUGUACUGAGUGUUAAGACAGCAAAGGUUGUUCCCUUUUGAAACUGACCUAAAAUCCCUAAAUGCAGUUCUGACUGGUUUCUUAAUUUGUUAACCAGGUUUUCUGAAACCCAUUUUCCUUGAGUUUAAAGUGCUUUUGUAAAGCUGCUUGCUUGAAGCUGGGGAAAGAACAGUGUAGUUUUCUCCCUUUGCACAUAAACGUGAACUUGGGCAAACUACUCAAACCCGUCACAAAGAAAAAAUUCAGUUUGGAACAUUCACGAUAAGGCUCUUUUUUAAGGAGCAUCACUGCAGUUAUUUUACGUGCAUUACAAACAACAAAAAUUGUAAUUUUUUUCUUAGUGUGCUUCCCCCCCAAUAAGACCAAAAUGCAAGCAUUAAAAAAGUCCGCGCAAAUUGCACAUUUUGUGAAAUUACACAUGCAAAGCCAGAAGUUAGAAUAAGAUGUACAUUGUUCUAUUUAUUCAUUGAAAUGAAACUACGUCCUGUUUCAAUCCCUUGCUCUUUUGCUUUUGGUAAUAACUUUUGACACGUGAACUUCUGGAUGCCGAUCUUCAUGAGGGCGGCUGCAGUUGUGGCUGGAGGUGUCUGAAUGAAGGCCGGGCAGAGCUUCUGGAAUACCUCCUUACUGUAUCUCCAGGACUGUCUCCUCACAGACCGGGCCUGGGCAGUUCUGCACACAGAUUAGUCUGGCCUGGGUGGGAACCACCUCUUACAGCACCCAGUGCCCUGUCAGCAGUUGGUGCUCGGACCUGAACACCUUUACCUGGUCCCUGGUGUCCCCGUACCUGGAGCCUGGGAGAAUAACAGGUUCAGGUGACCAGGUGUCUCAGGGAAUCUUGCCAACAGCAUGUGUCCUGCACUCUUUGAUCGUUACGUGUUAAAUAUUUUAGAUUUUUCAGUCAAUGUCAGGAGUUUGUCAUUCUCUCAAAUGGCCCCUGAGCAGGACACAGCCUUCCCCUUCCACACCACUCCUUACAUGCCUUGCCAGAUCACUGGAGCCUUUUUGCUUUUAAUGUACUGGCACUGUUUUAUAAUCCCUCCUUGGCAACUGCAUAAAUCUGACAGCCUCAUUGGCUUUAGUUGUUUAAAUUUAUUUCUGUGUUUUCUGGUUAAUUUUUGUCCUUAUUUGGAAAGAGCGAUAAGAUACAUAAUGGAUAAUCAACAGUAACCUGAGGUGUCAUUAUGUCCAGAGAACUUAGUUCAGGUCUUUCCAUGGAUUAGCCCUUUUGAUACUGGUAUUAUGAUACUUGACAGGUACCAUUGUUACCUUUAUCUCAGAAUUAGUGAUACUGAGGGAUGGUUGUAAUAACUGGUGUAUUUGAGUGGGAACAGUUUAUUCAGAAGAUCCAUAUUUAAAGGUUUGGCUUGGGCAGUCUCUGGGUCUGUUUGCCCCUCCUUGGGACCAAGCUCCGGCUUCCCUGGAAUGUGUAAAUGGGCAGAAAGGGGAUUCCUUCUGGGCUUCCCAGCUAGGAAUUAGGGACAAUUGAACAGGCUAUCACUGACAGUUUACGUGGCAGCCAUGGUCAGGCCUGCUAGACAUACCUUGCGAUAAAAUACACAACUCACAGGGUGCCUGCGAGGCUCAGUUGGUUGAGCAUCUGACUCUUGAUUUCGGCUCAGGUCAAGAUCUCACAGUUUGUGAGAUUGAGCCCCACAUCGGGCUCUGUGCUGACAGCAUGGAGCCUGCUUGGGAUUCUCUCUCCCUCUCCCUCUCCCCUUCCCCUGCUCACUUACUUUCUCUGUCUCUCAAAAUAAAUAAAAAACAUUAAAAAAAAAACACACACACACACACAACAAGGAUGUGUGUUGCCUGGCUUCUUCCUUUGCCAGUUGUGGCAAAUAUCACAGAUCAGCUCCUUCCAUGCACAGGAGGAUCAGGUUGACUGAGAACAGUGGUUGAAUUUCAGGCUGUUGAGUUUGGAUCUGGGACACGUGUCUAGAAUUUAGGAGAGAGGUCUGGCCUGGUGGUAAAGGUUUGUGAAACGCUGACAUACUCACAGCAGGUUGCAGAUAGCAAAGUGUAAAAGACCAAAGACGGAGUCCCAGGCCCUCUAACUUCAGGAUGUCUUGGAGAACAGGGGAGCCAGCAAAGGAGACAGAAGGCAGUCAGCAGGGGAGGUCAAAGGAGAUCCAACAUCAGUAAUGUUCUGGAAGCAAAAAGGAGGAGCAAAGCGUACCCUGCAUUUCUCUGAGUGCCUCUCAGGCCUGUGCCCCUUGGCACAGGGGCUGUGUCUGCUGGUCUUCGUGUCCCCAGCAGCCAGGACUGUCCAUGGCUCACAGUGCAAGAUGGUAUUUUCUUUUUUUGGUGACUACUGAAUGAGUUCAUCCUAGUGUAUUUCUGAUUUAUUUUCUUUCCAUGAUAAAGGAGAUAACAGUGUUUGUAGUUCACUUGACCAGUGAGUUUGGUAAGCUCUUAUCCCCGUAUGCCUUCUCUACCUCAUCUGGUUCCGAUCAUGGUACCAUUACAGGGGCCAGUGUCAUUCAGGGACGUGGCUGUGGACUUCACCCAGGAGGAGUGGCAGUAUCUGGAUCCUGAGCAGAAGACCACCUACCGGGAUGUGAUGCUGGAGAACUACAGCCACCUCGUCUCUGUGGGCUGUCACAUUAUCAAACCGGAAGUUAUCAUCAAGUUGGAACAAGGAGAAGAGCCAUGGAUAGUAGAAGGAGAAUUCCUACCACACAGUUACCCAGAAGAAGUCUGGAAAGCCGAUGACCUGGUUGAAAGGGUCCAGGAGAAUGAAGACAAACAUUCAAGGCAAGCUGUGUCCCUCAACAAAACCCCGACUGAAGAGAGAGGUAAUGUUCUCGGUAAGACUUUAAAUGUGGAAACGAACCCCAUUCCUUCAAGGAAAAUGUCCUAUAAGUGUGGCUCAUGUGAAAAGAGUUUGAAGUCCAUUUCAGAAUAUAUCAGUAGUGAUGGCAGCUAUGCAAGAAGGAAGCCUGAUGAAUGUGGUGCGUGUGGGAAACCGUUUCCCCGUGUGAAGCUUGAGAAAACUCAUCCAGGAGACCAAUCUUAUGAAUUUAAUCAAAGUGGGGGAGCUUAUAGUCUAAACGAAGAAAGUAUUUAUCAGAACAUUCAUAUUUUGGGGAAACCCUUCGAAUAUAUUGAAUGCCAGAAAGCCUUUCAGAAGGAUCCAGGUUUUGCUAACCAUAUGGAGGAGAAGCCCUAUAAGUGGAAUGAAUCCGAAAUAGCCUUUCUUCAAAUGUCCAACCUCAGUGUACACCAGAGGUCUCACAUGGAAAUGAAGCCCUACGAAUGCAGUGCAUGUGGGAAAUCCUUCUGUAAAAAGUCAAAGUUUAUCAUACACCAGAGGACUCACACAGGAGAGAAACCUUAUGAAUGUAAUCAGUGUGGGAAAUCCUUCUGCCAGAAGGGAACCCUCACCGUCCAUCAGCGCACACACACAGGGGAGAAGCCCUACGAAUGUAAUGAAUGUGGGAAAACCUUCUACCAGAAGUUGCACCUCAUUCAGCAUCAGAGAACUCACUCAGGAGAGAAGCCCUACGAAUGUAGUUACUGUGGGAAAUCCUUCUGCCAGAAGACCCACCUCACACAGCACCAGAGAACACAUUCAGGAGAGAGACCCUACGUCUGUCACGACUGUGGGAAAACCUUCUCCCAGAAGUCAGCACUGAACGACCACCAGAAGAUUCACACGGGCGUGAAACUCUAUAAGUGUAACGAGUGCGGGAAGUGCUUCUGCCGCAAGUCUACUCUCACCACACACCAGCGCACGCACACCGGGGAGAAGCCCUACGAAUGUAACGAGUGCGGGAAGUUCUUCUCUCGGCUGUCCUAUCUCACCGUGCACUACAGGACUCACUCGGGAGAGAAGCCCUACGAAUGUAAUGAGUGCGGGAAGACCUUUUACCUGAACUCCGCCCUCAUGCGGCAUCAACGAGUACACACCGGGGAGAAGCCCUACGAAUGUAACGAGUGCGGGAAGCUCUUCUCUCAGCUGUCGUACCUCACCAUCCACCACAGGACUCAUUCAGGAGUGAAGCCCUACGAAUGUAACGAGUGUGGGAAGACCUUCUACCAGAACUCGGCCCUUUGCAGGCACCGGAGAAUCCAUAAAGGAGAGAAGCCCUACGAGUGUUACAUAUGUGGGAAGUUCUUCUCUCAGAUGUCGUACCUCACCAUCCACCAUCGGAUCCAUUCAGGAGAGAAACCGUAUGAAUGUAACGAGUGUGGGAAAACCUUCUGCCAGAAUUCAGCCCUUAAUAGACAUCAGAGGACACACACGGGAGAGAAAGCCUAUGAGUGUUACGAAUGUGGGAAGUUCUUCUCCCAGAUGUCCUAUCUCACCAUCCACCAUCGCAUCCACUCGGGAGAGAAGCCCUUUGAAUGUAACGAAUGUGGAAAAGCCUUCUCUCGGAUGUCCUACCUCACUGUGCACUACAGGACUCAUUCUGGAGAGAAGCCCUACGAAUGUAACGAGUGUGGGAAAAAAUUCUACCACAAGUCAGCCUUCAAUAGCCAUCAGAGAAUUCACAGGAGAGGGAGUGUGAACGUACUGGAUGUGGGAAGGCUUCUCUGAAGUCCGAGAACCCUCUCAGCGUGGUGAGCGGGCAGCUCCUGCCGUCGUCCCUCAGAGUUCACACGGGUGAUGCACACGAAUGAGCCUUUGUGUUAGUCAGACUUGAAAUCUGAGAGUUCACAGGGUAGAGACCACAGUUGUAACAAGACCACAGUUGUAACAAGGACUCGUCGGAUACCAGACUGUACGGAAGUAAACAUUUAUAAAUAUGUAGGAUGUGUAUGAACUUCACCGUGGACUCAAACUGUUUUACAUAUCAGGGAAUUCAUACCAAGGGAAAAUCUCUCAAUUUAACGAAGGUGGAAAACAUACUCCUUUGGAAAUUAUUAAUAUUAAAUGUUUGUGAUGUAGUAACAAGCUUCUUGGAACUUGAAUAACUGUUGUGAGUAAAGAUACUUGUGCAAACAGAAGCUGUCAGAUCAGCAGGUAGUGAUCAAGACUGUAGCAUCACAACUGACACUCAUACGUGAGUGUUCCUGGGAAUGUAGGACUUACGUUUUUGAGGAGUUUUUAAGUUUGUUUGUCCACUUGUUUUUAGGAUGCUCCAUUACAGGAAUUGUAUGUUCAUUUGAAUCAUGUUUGAAAAGCCAUUGUAACCUUAGUAGAAUAAUUUGUAAGACAUGGUAAGAUUAUCCAUUUGAAACUGCUCCACCACAUUAGUACCCUAAUACUGUCACUGAACUCGUAUCUGAUCGUGUAUGAAGUACACUGCUUCUCCCACUCUUCCCUGUCAAUGAACUAAAUCGUCUAUAAAGAAGCUAAUGUUUUUGUAAUGUGUUCAACUUUACCUGAGUCAGCAAGAGAUAGAAAUCUAUGCAUAAAAUAGAAAACCAUAUAGAUAAUUUUGUUAAUGCCAGAAGUUUCCAGUAGUAAGUUUCCUAUAGCACUCGUUGCGUUCUCUACAGUUAAACAGAAAGACUUAAAGUAUUUCCAUUUGUACUAAUUUUUUUUUUUCGAUCUGUUCUAUUAUUUUUUUAGUUCGGAUGCCUACAUAUGUGUAAGUGUGCAGAGCACACAUACUGUGUAACUUAGUAAUUAUCUGUAUUUUUACUUGAUAUAAUAAUGUUUUUAAAUAUUGUGCUCUACUCCUUCCUGAAUGAAUGAAGAACUCUUCAUACGGGUUUGUGGCAGACGUUGGUGAACGACCCUCGUCACUCACUUCUUACUGUUUGCUGGCGGAGUUUGGGUAUCCAUUCCUCCUCAUGGAAUGAGGGAUAGAUCCUGACUAGUUUCAGUUAAUAAUGGUAAUCCUUUUCUCAUUGCCAGCCAUUGGUUUAGAGUGGUCACAGGACCCAGUUCUGUGCAGAUGAACAAAGGAGAGAUCUGACAGGUUAUCUCUGGAAAACAUUCCUUCAAAGAUUCAAGGGAUGAAUCAUGCAGGGUGAAGUAGAGUCUUCUGUCGAACGUUGCCUUCUCUGCAUGGGAUGCCUGGUUGUGUCUUUCAAAUACGGAUUAUAAUUUAAGCAUGGCCGAGCAGAAAUAUCAGGAGAACCUGGGACCUAGAUGAUGACGUUGAGCCACUGAACCAACCAGCCAUGUAGCUGGGCCACCUCUGGACUGUCUCUUCUGUAGUAGACUAAAUUUACUUUUAUGCCAGUUGAUUUUGGUUGCUCUGUUAGCCAUAACUGAAGAUACAAAGUUAUACCUUUGUAGGAAUUAUGCAAUUGAGAAGUGGACUUUAGGUAAAUCAUCUAUUUAGAAGUAAGUACUGAUAGAGAGCUUUAUCUUAACUUUCUGUAAAUUUGGAUGUAAAUAGUUUGAGCACUACAAAUCAACUUGAAACAAUUAAAUGUACGUUUCCUUGAAUUGUUACAUCAUUGACCUAAGAACCUUUAGAGCCUGAUAAAGUGUCAGGUAUACCUUCCUUUUUACAAUGCAUGACAAAUUUUGUUUAGGUUAAUUUAUGUUAUCCAUGGAUCAUCGCUAUAGUGUGAGUUGACAACAUAGGUGUGGAGGGUAAGGACCUUUGCUUUCCAGUGAUUAGCCGAAUAGCCUCUAUUUGAAUAAUUGACCCCUUACGGCUGAGAUGAAAUGCCAUAUUUUCUGUGUAUUUCAAUCACUCGUGCCACCUGUUUUUGUUGCUUAGCACUUUCUCUCCACAUUCUUCUAGAUAAUCGUGAGUAUGCUACAUAGCAGGAAUGAAAAGUCUGGUAGGUUGUAUAGUUUUGUGUAGGAAAAUAUACUCAUGGUGUAUUUGUGGAAAUGAUACCUACAAAGAUUCCCACCGUAGUUUGUCAUUAUAGCUUUAAAUACACAGUAUGCAUUUUAAGUAAAAUACUCAAAAAGUUUCAGUGGUUCACCACAUUCUUCUUACCGAGUGCCUACGCAUGAAAGAGCCUGGUAUACAUAAGUGGUCCCGGACUGCCUCUCUGAUGAUGGAGCGGUGUGAUCUGUUCAGUUUCAAACAUGUCCGUGCUCUCAUAUUAUUACAUCUCUGAAAGUAAGAUCAGUGGCAUGUUCUUUAAUGCCACUGUUUUUCUUCUCUAGAGGCACGUAAAAUCAUGGUUUUAGACUUGACGGAAUACAAUAUAUGAAAAGUUUUUAACUGUCCCUGGCAAGUGUGUAAGGUAACACAGGCCCGAGUUCAUAAAGAAAGCACUAGAGGGACUUGAGCCUCCCUGUGCUGCAGUAAGGACUGAAGGGGGGACUGAAAGACUUGGGGGUGAGUUGGGGGGCAGGAGCUCCUGGGUGUUGUACCAGUGACCUCAUAAUUUGGGGUGUGAGCAGAUCAUGAACUCUGAGAGGGGUUUCCAGGGGCUGAGCAGAAGGCAGACCCUUCCUGGCCGUGGACACGUGAGAUCCCCCAAUAUUCUGUAUCCUCCUCGAGUUAGUGAAGCAGUGGCUUACUGACUCCUUCUCACGUGGAUCAAAAUGAAGACGUAGUUUUAACACCAAGGCCCUAUCCCCUCGGAGUCCCCCAAGUCACCCGCUUCUUUGUUCCAGGUCAGUGAGCUUGGUGGCACUGUCCAUCCAGGCUCCCCAGAGAAGAAUGUACAGUCCACCGGUUGUGGCCCAGCUAACUGCCAGCUUUGCAGGCUGUCUGCAGUGAAACAAAACAAGGAAAUUCCUUUUCCUUCUCACAGAGUUGACAUCACAAACCAACGGUGUUUCCCUUCCCUGAAUUCAAAGUCCGUGAUUCCUGCCAAACUGACGAAGUAGCAUGGGCUGCCGACUUGUUUCCCAAGCCCAACUCUGGGGUGCCAGAGAAGCCCAAGCAGUUCACACGUCCAGGGACUGCAGGGGUGCCCUGGGGGCAGAUGUGGCUCUCGGCAGGGAGGUGUGAGCAGCCAGAGACAGUAGGGAGGCUGGUGCCAAGGGGAACUCGGGGACUACACGACACUGCUCUCCACUGUAGUGUCCCAAGCACAUCACUGCCCACCACGGUCCUUCGUGAGACCGAAAGCAGGUGCGUCAGCCCCAUCCAGCUGAGAUGAGGGGUGGACGCGACAGACACAGUGUGAGCUGCAUCAUCCCCUCCUCGUUCCACAGCCAUGUCCUUACCAUAAGUAGGCACGUUUUUCCGGAUGAAGGAGGACCUUCUGGUGAUCAUGUAAUGUGCCAAGAGGGGGUUCCUCCUAGCUGGUGGCGGGCUUUCUCUUCUGUAACACAUACGUCUGCUGAGGCCACCCUGAGGAACAGCAAUAGGGGUUAGGCCUUUGCCCAGCUCCUUCCAUUUGCCGAGAUCUCCAGACACCUCAGCAAGAAUAAAUGCCGGGAGAAGACAAGUUAAGGAGUUUACCAAGAGCACACCAUAUGUCUCCACCACUAGUGGGAUGUAGAAAUCCAGAUUUCAAAAUUGUCUUACUAGACAUCCCUUGAGAAAAGUGUAUUGGUUAUAUGAAGCAGGAACAGUUAUCCCAAAAGAGGUGGGGGAAAGGGGAAAGGGCAUCAAUAAAUGGCAUGAAGUAAAUGCUUCACUAGAUGAGUUUAACUGCAGAGUGGAUGCAGCCAAAAAGCCAGUUAGUGGGCUGAGUGACGACGGCAAAUGAUUUCGCCCUCGACGCCAGAAAGAAGAAAGAGAUACAAUGUGAAAAAUAAAAGAGAGAGGAUGGUAGAACACCCAUAUCCUGGGGUUCUCAAAAAGACAAGAUGGGAAGAAAACCCAUGAAUUAAAAGUUUCUCAGAAUUAAAAAAAGAAUGAAAUUAAGAGAGGCUUUUGUGAUGCCAGAGGGAAAGAUCCAGAAAAUCUCAGGUCUGUAAAGCAAAAUACUGUCUUAACCUAAGGCAAGACCGGUAACUACAACAAAUGAGAUCCAGUAAAGUGGCAAGAAAAGGGCAGCACAUCCACAAGAAGGGAUACGACGGUGCUUGGAGUCAUCAGUCAUUAGAAUGCACAAGUUAAAACAAGUUACACUGAUCAGAAUGGAAAAAAUGACAGUGAUGUAUAAUAAAUACUGGUAAGGAUGUGAAUGGUGAUUGGUAAUAUUUGUAUACCGUGGGAGUGGGUAAACUGACCUGGAAAUACCUUUUAAAAUUCAUGUAUGUGGGGGCACUUGGGCAGCUCAGUCAGUUGAGCGUCCGACUCUUGAUUUCAGCUCAUGAUCUCAUGGUUCAGGAGUUCGAGCUCCGCAUCGGGCUCUGCACUGACAGCACGGAGUCUGCUCGGGAUUCUCUCCCGCUCUCUCUCUGCCCCUCUCCCGCUUGCACACACACUCUCUGUGCAGCUAACAAAGUUAUGGAACUUUCUCUGUCAAAAUAAACAUUUAAUAAAAAUAAAAAAUCUUUAAAAUUCAUGGAUGUGCCUUCUCAUGCAGUGGCACUGCUAACACAUUUAUCCAUCCCCAAGAAAUUCUGUACACGCGUGGAUGUGUACAGGGAAUUCUGUCAACAGGAUGUUUGAGAUGUCCGGGUCACCAGAAGAGGUAAUAAAACGCUGAUCAAGCAGUGGCGUGCAUAAUACAUUUGAUAAAACAUGGAUAUGAACUUUAAAAAUGAAAAGGGAUUUCGGCAACUAAAUAUUUGUAUUCAUUAACAUCACACACACACACCCAUAUACGUUACAAUGGAAUGUGGUUAAGGUCAUAAACCGACCAGCAUGAAUGGCUGUGAGAAGAGAACAGAAUCAGAGUUUGAAAUGAAGAGAAAAAUCAGGCACAGAAUGGCCUCCAUGCAGAAACCAACAUUGAAUAUAAAUGUUUUGAACCCAGUGGUAUGAUAAACACUGUUCCCCAGGACUCCUCCAGAAACAUUAAAACAAAAAUUAAAGGACCUGAGAAGUAAAACUCCUCAUCGUUUUAUGCUGUUUAGUUUUAGCCAGAGUUUCACGGCUCGGGUGCCUAAAUGAUGCCUGUGUCUUUUCUGGCAACUUCAACCCAACCCAACUUCCAAUAAAGUUGUCGUGGCUGCUCCA